AUGGAAGAAGCACUAAGGCGGCUCAAUGGAAUGCCGAUGACGGCAUCUCACUUCGACGACGUCGUUCCAACUUCUGACAACCGAAAGAAAUCCACUGCGGCGGCCACUUCCUCCGCGGCAAAUACUGACCAUCGGAUCGUACGAGAGGGUUCGGGCUCUGGCGCAAUGAGAUACCGUGGCGUCCGACGCAGGCCAUGGGGGCGCUACGCCGCCGAGAUACGGGACCCGCAUUCCAAGGAGAGGCGGUGGCUCGGCACCUUCGAUACCGCGGAAGAGGCAGCACGUGCUUACGACUGCGCGGCACGUGCCAUGCGUGGCCUCAAGGCCCGCACCAACUUCGUCUACCCGCCUUCCCCUCCUCCUUCCCUGCCCGAUCAGCUUCUUAAGCAAUCCCCAAUUGGUCGUCACUACGCCACGUCGUCUAACUGGUCAACGUUCUCGAACGCUCAUACGUUUGACUUCGCUGAACCCGCGCCGCAGAAGAUUCCUCCCCCGUCUUUCCUCAACAUGCUGCUCCCCCACGACCACACUACUUCUUCAAACCCUCACUUCCUCUCAUCCGCCCCUCAGUUUCCUCUCUCCGACGACCACUUUCACGGUCCAAAAUCUUCUUGUGUUUCUCUCCCCGCCAUUCAAAAGCACGAUAAUAUGGUCAUUAACGACGAUUUCAUUGGCGACUCGGAAUUCAUACCCAAAGAACCGUCCGAUUCGGGCCUUUUGGAAGAGAUCAUUCAUGGCUUUUUUCCCAAACCCUCGAUUAAGACCCACGAAGCUCCAAAUUCUCAGCCUUUAAACUACGACUCGCCUGUCGUUUCGGCGACGGGGUUCGCUCACUCUAUUGAUGGGAUCAAACGAGAAUACGAGGAUGAACGACAACAAAGCGGGUUUCCGUACAAUUACCAGCCCGGUCCGGUUCAGUUCGGGAACUUGAACCAUUCUUACGGUUACGUUGGUGAAGAAAUGUCGUUCGUGAACGGUUUGCCGCUGAACGUGCAGAUGGGGAUGGAGUCGGGGAAUUCGAUAAUGGAGAAUCUUUUCCAGUACCCGGAGUUCCUCAAUGCUUUUGCUGCUAAAAUGCAAAACGCUUAA